AUUUUUAUAUUUCAGAAUAAUGAGAAAUAUUAUGCUUUCGGUGAUCGAGCUUAUCAUAAGGAUACUGAAACAAACCUUCUUGUGUACGGCAAGCAGAACGAUUACUAUACAAUAGAUGCUCUUUUGUUUCUUUGGGAGCAUCGCGCCAAAACACAUCCUUCAUAUGUUCGUGAUGCUACUGCUGCGAAUGUGAAAGUCGUUUCUCGUCCAGAUAGAAGAGAAAUCCUCGACUAUCUGAGUGGUAAUCGACUGGAAAUUCCUGCAAAUCAUAAUCCAUCACAUACGAGUGAAGAACCCGAGGCCAAAAAACUAAAACUGGAACAUAAUGCACGGCUCAAUUUGUAUGAUAAUUCGUUGCUAAUUAUUGCAGCCUUGGAAAAUCAUAAGCCAGAAGAUACAGCAAGAAGAACUGCUUCGGCUACAACAAUACCGCAGACCAUUGGUACCCCUGAUGAACCAAAGAAACGAAUUAGUCGUACACCAAUCAUAAUCAUACCGUCAGCGAUGACUUCUUUAUUAACUAUCUUCAACGCUCAAGAUAUAAUUCAAGUGAGUUUCGGAAUCUUCUCUUCAUUUUUUCAAUUUUUUUUCACCGACGCUGAAUGGGACCGAGUUGUCGCUGUUUUCAUAACGGGGCAAUUGUGGCAGUUUAAGCCGUUUAAAAGAUGGCACAGCAAUCCAGUAGAGAUAUUCGCAAAAAUUCCCGCAUUCCAUGUUCAUUAUGACGAUCUUAAUAUUGACCCAAAUGUGGCUAAAUGGAGUGUGACACGGUUACCAGUUUCGCGAUCAAAGCGGCAUAUGGAUAAGGCCAGAUUCAGAAUAUUCUGGGAAGUGCUCGACCGAUGGAUUCCCGCUAAUCGGCCACAUUUGAGAUGGUGA